ACAGCACACAUGUUUGGUAUUAGUCUUGGAAUGCCUGUUCGACACCAGUAAAACCAAGAACAAGGUUUGGGGAACUCGUUGUGAUGUACCCCUUUUUCCAGGUGGUGGAAGUGUCAUCUCUCCAGGGGAAGAGGUGACUAGCGGGUUGCCUGGUAGGAUGGCUAUCCUCAAUUUAAAUUUGUUUGACAACUCAUGGGGUUGUGCUGGCACAGCCAACGCGGUGGGUGGGGACGCCACUAUCGACCGGUGGCCUUGGCUACAUCCACGGCUCUUGCAGGCGCAGCAUAGCUUUGGAGCGGCUCGACACGGCGCGGCAACGAACCCAGCACGAACGCGUUGGCCGACGCUGAGCCAGCAAGUUCGCUUGUUGGCCGAGCAAAGCCGAAGGAUGCCGAAGGCAAACCGAAUCGGUUCGUGCAGCACACCUCACUGGUCGUUGCCCAGAGCUGCGCCCAACUUAGUUGAAAAUCGACGUUGGAUCACUGUUCAUCCUUUCGGAGCUAAAAGAAAAGGCCCAACGAGGUGGAAAUCAAGAUCGGAAACAUGUCUGACCCGGCCGUGGAGGAGCUCCUGAAGCGGUGGGGAGUACCACAACUGUUGGACCGCUGCAGAGAACAAGAAGUGGACCUGGACGCGCUGCGCUCCUUCAAGGAGAACGUCAUCACCGAGCUGGUGCCGCUGAUCGGGCCGCGCUGCAAGUUUCUCAAGGGGUGGCGCGCGUGGAAGGAGCUCGGCGCCCCCGCCCCCAGCGCCGCCGCCGUCGGGGGGCAGGGUGCCGGGGGCGGCGUUGGGAGCGGGGGUGGAAGUCCAACGCGCAGCCCGGCCAGCCCGCCCCCAGCCGACCAUGUGCAGGCGGCACCAGCGAGACGCAUUCCGAACUCAGCACCGUCCACCCCGUCCGCUUCCAGACGGAGCACCGCGGAAGAGCCCUCGCCGUCGGCGCAGCCCGGCCCGCCGGACAGCGGCAAGAAGGAGGUGUCCGUGUUCCUGGAGGGGAGAAUCACGUAUGAGGACGGCGACACGUCUGGAGGGUGGCUGGUUGCGGACGGGUACUUGAAGAAAGGAGAGACGCUGAUGGUCAAAACAGAGCCCCCGGACGACCCGACCGCGGCGGACGCGGAGGACGGCGACGUGGGUCGCAAGCCUCGCUUCCAGCUCCAGGGCCGCAUCUCCCUGUCGCUGCAGGACUUCGCCGAGGUGCCCUCCUUCAUGGUGGCGCAGGCAAGGGCGCAGGCCUCGCCGUCCAUCCCCCACCUGGAGGACAGCUGCUCCAUGCCGUCCGACGGCUUCGUGGCGCCGGCCUACAUGCAGCAGAUGCAGCAGCUGCACGCGGACGCACUCCACGACAGCCCCGCGCAGAUGGCCUUCCCCGCGGUGGGCUCCAGCCUUGGCUCCAGCUUCUCCAGGAAGCGGUCGCGGGCCGACAAGCUGGACCUCGAGGGGCUGCUCAACAGCACCAGCAAGGGCAAGAUGAUCCUGUCGCUGUAUCGGCAGCGGAACUGCCUGGACGGGCCCGCCAGGCAAACGCUCACCGACCUCGUCAUCGCGGAGGAGUUGCGGGAGGACUUCAACAAACGGAUCACCAGCCAGCGCUUUCAGGAGAUUGCCGAAUCCAUUGUGGAACUUUUCCCUGGAGAAAAUGAGGAUACUUACUUCUGCAAUGAUCGUUCGUAUGGUGACCGCCCUGGUGGUAAAGGAAAAUUAACAUCCAAGUACUACAACACCCGAAGACAACUUGCCAAAAGCGGAGUCAUCUGUAGAGGACAAAGCAAAGAGCGGAGACAAAAUAUUCAGCAAGGGAUAGUAGCCGCAUUCCAAUCAACAUCAGAAGAGCAUGCAGAAGCAAUGCAAAAUUCCAAGUGGCUGCAGAGCUUAGGGUGGCACACUGAGUUGUCAGCAGAAGAUCUAGAAAUGACCUUACAGCGGUGGCAAGGUUGUUGGAAAGUGCGCCUGUUGAAAGUGCUGUCUCCAGGACAUGUGCCAACAGCCUACCUAGAUGAAUACCCCGUCCUGAGAAUGCCCAUAGGAGAAACUUUGAUCAAGGCUGAUUUUGAUCUGCUCUUCAAAGAUGCUGGAGGCCGUUUGAUGUGUGACUGGCCAAAUUUCUCUCAAACUGUCAUUACCAUGCUGGCAGAAGACUACCGAAAGCAGAUUCCACUUCUGGAUACAGUGAGAAGACAUGUUGGCACAGUGGAUGGUCGGCAAGUCGGUGCGUUGCUGCUGCUUCCCAGUAUGCUGCCAGUCACCACUUGCAAGGGCUCGGGCGAAAGCUCGGAAAUCUGGAGGCCAACCAGACAAGAAGCGCAGGAUGGAUUCCUACUGCACGUAGAGCACGACGGCGACGUGAACGCGGCGCUGGAGCGGCACUGGAUGCGGAUGCGCCUCAUGGGGCAGUCGGUGAGCCCCGUGCCCGUGGUGGUGGGGCCCGCGCUGGACCAGCUGCAGACGGCGCUCGUCGCCAUCGACGAGAACACCGCCUUCUACGUGCCCAACGCCCUGUGCGCCGUGGACCUCUGCUUCAAGUGCUUCCACGCCCUGCAGGUGCCGUACCCCCCGCAGGCGCAGAACGUGUGGAUGUUCCUGCAGCACGCCGUGUACCAGGUGGCCACGCCCACGGACCGCAUGUCCGUGGCCGUGAGCUCGCUGCUGGCCGACUUCGGCUUCCGUCCCGUGGCGCCCGUCGUCUCCUGGGACCAGGUGCUCAACCCUUCAGCCCCGUCGGCCGCGGGGCCGGCCGCCGUGUGACCGGUGUGACUGGAAGACGAUGGCGCCGCCGCAGCCCCGCAGUGAAGACAUCGCCAAAUGUGAUGACCACAUGCACCCUGAGGCCUCGAACUGCUGCGUUGUGGCCACUUUUAAGCUUUACGAAUGUUAUGUUUGAAACAUAGUGGGGAGAACUUUGUUCCCUUGAAAUGUUGACACGAGUGUUUACUGACUUAAGCAACUGAAAUCCAUCUUUUUACUUCUCUAAUCGUGUAUGCCAAUUGUCUCCUUGUCUUUGCAUUGUACUUCAGAAUUUUGAAAAGUUAGUGUUUAUUGUUACGAGAAAAACUUUUCGUUCUUUCUGUUAAUCUGCCGAAACUAUUUUUAAGUGGUUACAAUAAAUAUUAAGUUUAAUCAACAUU